UGUUGCCUAGACACAUCUUCAGAUCGGCUAGAAAGAUCAGUACAUACCAUAUCCACUCAGGGAGAGAAAGGCUGGCAGUUCAUUCAUUUGAAAAGGCUUCACUCACUCCAAAAGGCUACAUUAAUUGAGAAGGUGUGGAUGAUCUAAAAGCACACUUUCCUUCGCGGGGGAAACGCUAACGAGGAUUUAAAACGCGAAGUGAACCAGGCAGUUUAUUCCUCUGGAUUCCCGGAAUGCGUAAAAGCACCUGAUGGGAUGCACAAUAAAAUAGGCACAAUUCUACGUUGGUUUAAUUAACUCUUCUUCUACAUCGUGGAUAAAAUGAAAAUGACUAUCAUAACUCCAUUGUUUCUGCUCUGCUUGACAUUGUUGGUCAGCACAACCGAGAGUGUGGCAGAGAUAUGCAGGGGGACGCACUGUUUCAGCUCAGAGGACUGGACCAGACCUUGUACAGGGGCGCAUUGCCAGCGGCGAACGGACGCAGCACCACAACACGUAAACCCCGUAAUGCAAGACAGGCAAGCGUUUGUUAAGCCCCUUUACCAGGAUGCCCAUACUAACCCUCAGACCAGAAGGUCACAGGUACCAUACACUAUCAUUCAACCACAUCGUGGUGGCACAGCCACAAGCAACACGCAGAAGGAAAACCCAAGGUCCAUUACCGCGGAGGUGUACCACCCCGGGUGCAAAGGAGGGAAUUGUCAAGCUUCCCAGCCGCGACCAACGAGAACUGAGAGUGUCCCCCGGGAAUGCAAAGGGAUUGAAUGUAAACUGCCACUUAGGAUGCGACCCAAACCGAAGCCUCAACCGUGCAUUGGCGACAGCUGUGUCACUGGUGGUGGCGAAGACCCGAGAGGGCAACAGCCCCCCCUGGUUCAUGACAGAGCGGCGCAAUUUCUUGGAGAAUUUCCGGAGUUUGGAUCAGAACGUGGUUCAUCGCCUCUGGGAAUACAGUUGACAUGCGACAUCAAACCAGGCAACAAUGAGGUGCCCUCGGAGGACACCCUGGUGCUGCAGCUGCGUCUGGCCAAGGGCCAGGAGAAGCUUGUGGAGGCGCUGAAGGGCCAGCAGGAAGAGAUCAGGGAGCUGCAGAGCAGACUGAGCCAACAGCAGGGGACGCUGGUCAGCCAGCAGAGAGAGAUCCUGGAGGAGCAGAGCAGACUGAGCCAACAGAUGGACCAGGUCAAGGCCCAGUAUGGCCUACUCCUAGAGAAUGUCAAGCAGAUGUCCUUCCAGGGCAUGCAGGAAGAGCUAGAGAGCCACAUGGUGGCCCUCAGGGGCCAGGCCAGGGCCCACCACACCCAGGCCUACGCUGUGCACAAGGUGGACAUGGAGGCCAGAGUGAUGGAUGUAGACCUCCCCGUGUUGGCCUGCGGCUCCUGUGGAGCGGAGGAGUACUGCGACUUCAGGACAGGUCGGCCGCAAUGUGAGAGGUGCACCAUCUGUCCAGCGGGCUUCUUCCUGGUGUCCCAGUGCUCCAUCCAUGCUGACAGGAUAUGCCAGGACAGAGAUGAAUGCCUUGAAGUAGCAAACCUGUGUGCAGAACAGAAGAAAUGUCUAAACACUCCAGGUGGAUUCAGGUGCCAGGGCUUGUCGGACAGAGAGGCCAGCACAGGCUUGUGUGGACAUGCCUACUUCUACAACUCAGAAAUGGAGGAGUGUCAGGCCUGUCAGGAGUGUGAGGUGGAGCAAGUGGCCACACCCUGCACCUUCACGAGUGACACAGUCUGCUCCACACCGUCCUCUACUGACAGCAGCAGGCUGUCCCUGUCCUGGGCUGGGGAUGUGACCCUGCCUCCUGCCAAGAGCCACGCCCCUGGUCACGCCUUCCCCAACCUGCAGCUCCAUAUCCAGGGGCGGGGCGACAGCAAUCUGCUGGCCACCGAAGACGGCCAUCUAGUGCUACGACAGCACGGCCUUGUGUGGGCAGACGAGAACUUGGCCCUGAGCCACGGAUGCCGCAGUUUCGUCCAGGUGUGUCUGCAGCUUAACACCAGUGACCUGGCCGAGGGGCGGGACCUUAGUGGGGUCAGGGUGGAGCAGCGGGAAGUAAAGUCCCUCCAGAGUGCCAGUGUCAGUGGGGUGGCAGAAGUUGCUCCAGGAAGUAUGCUUUCCCUGAUCCUCAGGAGUGCCAGCCACCAUUGCAACCACACAAGCGAUGGCCUGCAACUCCAUGACCCAUCUGUGACCCCUCUCAGUCUCUUCUGGCUGUCCCAUGACACCGGGGCCGUUGCCAUGACGGCGCAGGCAGUGUCAUCGGCGCACUACCACACCAACUACCGGCCCACCUUCAAGACCACGUCCACCUCUGACCCGUACGUUGUGGGGCUGACUCACGAUGGGCGUGGAGUGCGCUUCACCGAAAAUGGCACAGUGCGCUUUGUGUUCCAACAGGCGCUCUACUCCAUGGGCCAGGCGUGCGUGACGGAAGGCUUUCACCUGCUGGCCUACAUCAACCACAAUGGGAGCAGCAUGGAGCUGGCUCGAUCAUUUAAGACUGGUGUCCACUACCGCGACACGUCCAUCUCCCUGUCGGCUGCCACCAGGGUCGGCCCCGGCGAUACUCUGGGCUUUGAGAUCCUCUCCCCGGGGCAGUGCAACAUUCGCUACUUCGGUGACGACUCCGGCAUCAGCGCCCUCAGUUUGGUGUGGGUCCCCACUGCCAUCUCCUCCGCCCUCUCCGCCUCCGUGGCACGCACAGGCUUGCCCUCCGGAGCGGUGCGCAACAAGCCCCUGUAUUUCCGUCAGGUGAGCCCCCACAUGCCGCAGGUGCAGGUCGGGCUUCCAGGGAAGGGUCGCGCUGAACGAGGACGUGAGUUUGUCUUCACGGAGAGCGGGACAGCCAGCUUAGCACUGGACCUGAAGCUGAUCCACUCCUGCAACCCGGUUAAAAUCACCCUGCUCCGACAUAGAGGCGAUGGGGCAGGGGAGGAGGGCAAGCCAGUGCCCCUGGCCCAGCAAUUCGGGGGCCAGAUGCCAGAAGGCAGUGGGUGGGCAAGUGUGGGGCUGCGGGCCUCCUUCCAGGUCCACAAUGGCACGGCAGUUUUUGUCACAUUGGACUGCGUGCGAGGACGCAUCAAUCAGAUCAGUCAUCAGGCAGGGAGCGGCGUCUCCAUACUGUGGGUGGCAGCAUAUCACUAGUCUAGAAACACCAAACUAACAAUACCUAGCUCACCUGAAGCAGGGUUUACCGAAUGUUUUAAUUCUUCAAUUAGCCUUUGAUCAACAAAAUUGGCCAAUUUUAGCAUGGUUUACGUCAUGUAUAAAAAGUACCCUUACCUAUACUUACUUAAAAUACACCAAAGGAUGGUUUUGGUGGGUAGCAGAGAGAAUAUUUAAGCUUUAUGGUCUUUUAUGCAUAUUCUAUACUGUAUUUCGAUAUUAUAAGGAUGCUAGAAUUAGCAUUGUUGUUCAACAAUUCUUGGUAUGAACCUUCUUUCAUGUUGACAUUUGCUGGGCGCAUAUUUUGUCUGUCUUGUAUUUACAGUAUAUAAUUGAGUUACUGCAUUGACGCCAGAGCUUUAUAGAAGACACUUAACAUUCUUUUGCUUUCAUCAAGGAUAAUUUUGCAGGGCUGGUUUUACUCUGAAGUGUGUUAAGAACAUAUGUUUUAGGUUAGCCGCCAUUUUCUAAAUGUGAGUGUCCGCUGCAUGCCUUAGUUAAUGACCAUUUUCAGGAGACCCAGAAAGGGUUUGUACACUCGUGUGGAGGUCCACUUGUGUUAGACCAGUCACAAAGAAGUGUGCAUUAGCACGGGGUUUAGAAUUAUACUGAGUUCUGUAGACAGUGACUUCCUACAUCCACUAUUUAGACCAGCAAUUAUGCCACCAGCCAAAGUGCCAGUCUUUAAUGCCGUAAUGCAUACUUUGUAAAUAUUAAAACAGAAAACACUGA